AUGGCCCCCAAGCAGCCAGUCGUCUCCGAGAAAGGAAUCAAAUCCCCUCUGUUCUCUCAGGCCAUCGUCCACAACGGCACUGUCUAUGUGAGCGGAAACAUUGGUCUUGUGCCCGCAACAGGGAAGAUAGUUGAAGGGAGCGUGGCAGACAGAACCAGACAAGCGCUCGAGAAUAUCAAAAACGUCCUCGAGGAAGCCGGAAGCAGCUUGCAGAACAUUGUCAAGAUCAACAUUUUCCUCACUGACAUGGCAGACUAUGCUGCCAUGAACAAGGCCUUCCUGGAAAUCGUCCCAGAUCCAAAGCCGGCCAGAUCAUGCGUUUGCGUCAAGGAGCUGCCAAACAAGACCGAUGUCGAAAUCGAAUGCAUUGCACAUUUGUGA